UGUGAAGGAUCUGUGAAUCCUAAAGGAUUUGUCUAUUUCUGUGCUGAGAUUGAAUGCCAAUAUAUGGCUCAUUUGGGUUGCUUGACAUCUGUUCCAGAUCCUCAUAUCAAAUUAUGCUACAAAUCGGCCGAAGCGAAAAAGGAAACAAAAUCGAAUCAUCAUAAUGAUAUAGAACCAGAAGAAACUAGUAUUUCUAAAUGGGGUCGUCCUGUCGAGGAGGAUACUACCAUGUGGAGGAACCGCUUGAACUUGAUUGAAAUACCAACUGAAGAUGCAUUGGAAAUGGAAAUUAAUCAUUUCAGUCAUGAACAUCCUCUAAUCCUCAGUUACAAUAAGCAUGAUAGAGAAAAAUCAUGUUACGGAUGCUUUGAAAAAAUGAAGGUCUCCAUUGCCUACACUUGCAGCGUUAACAAAUGUUACUUCAACGGUCUCCAUAAAUGGUGCGGCAAUCUUCCAACCCAAAUCCGACACCCACUUCACCCCAAGCAUCCCCUUUCCCUUCUCAAAAGCGCACCAAAUAAUAUCGAUUUAUGUAUCGCUUGCCAAGAUCGUCUCUUUUCCGACACCUUCGUAUACAGUUGCAAAUUAUGUUAUGUCAACAUCCAUGCCAUGUGUGCUUUUAUUCCGACCAAUUUGAAUAGCCAGGUUCAUGAUCACCCUCUUCAUCUCUGGAAAACAAACCCAAGAUAUCCGGUUUUGUGCAACGUAUGUGGGUUUGAUUCAGAAGCUACUCAUUUUGUUUGUGAAUCAUGUGAUUUCGUGGCUGAUUUCACUUGCGCGAUGAUGCCUAGGAAUGUGACUAAUGAUUGUCAUGUGCAUACUCUGGCGCUAACGAACGUUAUUGCGCAAGAGGAUGAGACCGAAUUCAUCUGCGAUGCUUGCGAGAAAACGAGGAAUGGGUUUUCUUGGGUCUAUUAUUGUGCCGACUGCGAAUAUAGCUCUCACACAGAAUGUGCCUUGUAUAAACGAAGACCAAAUGAUUUUGACCUCCAUGAACACGUUCUUAGUGUCAUUAACUCGUCCUUGCCCUCCUCUUGAUCUUCUUUAAUUAGUUUGAAUAUUCUGGGACUGGGUUAAAUUACUUGGAGAUUUUAAAUAGGAAAAAAGAAAACAAAUUGUGGGUUGUGUAAAAUUUGUAUCAUUUCUUUCUAUUUAGAUUUGGUAAAUCUCCUAUUUGUGAUUCGUAUCAUUUCAUUUUUUUUAGUUUGGGUUGAUCUGGUUAGAUAAGAUGUAUAAAGUUUUUAAUUACAAAUAUUAGAUGACUA